AGGCUACCGGUCAGUCAUAUAAUCACGUGCCAUUCCACGAGAUUCUCGUGCCAGUGUAGUGACCAUGGAGGUGUGUCCCGGCCCAAGGGACGGCAAACACCCCGUGCUGCCCCCGUGCCGUGUGUGUGGGGAGGCGGGGGCGGGAUUCCAUUAUGGCGUCAACACAUGCGAGGCAUGUAAGGGUUUCUUUCACCGGAGUUUAAAGCUGAGCCACACGUACAAGUGUUCAGGGAACGGUAACUGUGAGCUAAAGAAAACCAAGAGACAACGGAGUUGUCAGCUUUGUCGGUACAAUAGAUGUCUGCAAGUUGGAAUGUCGAAAACUGCCAUAAAAACAGGUCGUUACACCAGCUUCAAAAAAACCAAAGACAUUAUGGAGGUCAAACAGCUUCAGUGCCUGGAUCCACCUUACAAACUACAGGAGGACGAAACUACCGGAAAAUCAACCCUAAUUCCAUCAAUCAACGUACCCGGCAUUGCUGGAAGCUCACAGAUUUCCGUCAAAGACAAUGGAGAAUUUUUCCAGGAUUCAAAACCUGGGAUUGAACCCAGACCUAUUGGUUUAGACACGUCGACUUUUACUCCUGCGUUAACGUUACAACCCCAGUUUUGUAACUCGCCAUUCGUUGUAUCACCCGGUGAUCUUGGUCUUAAUACUAAAACAAAUUUGAACUAUAAAAACGUUGAAGUGCUUGAAGAAACGUGUGAAUAUUCUUCAUUUUCUUCACCGGAGCAGAAUAUGAAUACGUCUUCGUCUGGAAUUAUUCUUGACACACCUCACGGAAGCGUCGGCAGCACUUCCGGUUCGGCGCGCUCUGAUUGGUUGGAUUGCUGGUCGCCAUCUUACCAGCAGCUGGUAGAUCUGGCCAAUGGCGAGUCGAGAUCUUCACCGUGUGAUGAGAAGCGUUGCCUAGACGAGUCCAUGCCUCUUGACAACGGAAACCUGCUCAACUUAGAUGACCAAUCAAAUGUUAACAUUCCAACCCCGCCCAACAAACAGACCAAUCCAGCGAAUUACAUUUAUAGAACGGAAAAGUUUAUAGACCCAGACUUGACAGUAACAUCACCACCAAGCCAGACGUCUGCUAAACUUCUCCACACCCUAACACCCCUCUCACCUCCCCUGACACCUAUCUCGUCUAUUUAUACACAUCGGAACUACCCAGAAACCAAACCCCAUAGCACAAAAGAGUACCAGCAAUGGCCGUCAUCUGACGCGCAAACACACAAAGUUCCACAACCAGUGCUAAAAACAGAAGGGGAGGUAAUCGCGGAAAAAGUUUUUGCCAAUAAAGAAGAGGCGAUUCGGCAAAUUGUAGACAGCCACAAGCAAUAUUUCAGUGUGCUGUACCGGUGCGUCAAGCGACACGAAGAAAUUCGGGAACAGCAGCAACAGCACGCUCAAGAAUGUAAUGAAAGAAUAAAGACGUUUGGUCGGAUGUACUUCCUACCAGAGAAGGAAUAUGACGAGAUAUGGCGGACUACAGGAAUGGAUGUGGACAACAGAAAGGAGAUCUUAAAAACAUGGGAAGCGGAUUGUGAGCUGCUGGCCUACGCUCUGGUCAAGUUCGCCAAGAAACUUCCUGGAUUUGGUCUCCUGGAUUACACCUUACAAGCCGACUUAAUUAAAAGCGCAAGACCGGAAAUCAAUAUCUUCAACAGCGCCCCCUUGUUCAACGCUGAACUGAAGGUGGGCAUGUGGGCGGGGGGCACACAGUUCUGUCACAACGAGUUCGGGCAGUUCGUCAACCACGAGUGUUUCCGAUCUUACACGAACAUGUCCCGGCGAGUACAGCGGAUGUGUUUCACGGAGGAGGAACUGGCUAUUGUGAAGGCUAUCAUGGUCUUUUCUACUGAUCGUGACGUCGUCGUGUCCUCCACCUUGCCUGCGGCCAUCCACUGGCAGCUGAUCCUGUGUCUCCAGUACCUGCUCGCUCAGAGAUACGCCCAGCCCAACUUAGCCAUGGCGGAAGUGAUUCAAAUCCUCACCGAGAUUCGGACAGUCCGGCAGCAAUGUCUUGACCUUUUGUUGUCCGGGUUUAAGGUGUUCAAGUACUCGAAGGUGCUGGAGAAUCCGUUCUUGAAGGAAUUGUUGUCUGAUGUGUUGGCUAUGUGUGGGGACCCGGAGGAGGACUACAGGCAGGACGUGGAGGAGGGGGUGACCAGUGGUCAGCAUAUUACAGCCUAGAAGACCUCUGCCCAGGUAAACAGGCAGGACAUGUACAAAGAACUGACCAGUGGUCAACAUAACAGCCUAGAGGUCCUCUAUGAAAGACAGGGAGAAAGGAAUGUUGGACAAGAAGCAGAAUAGAAAAUGACCAUUGGUCAGCAUAUAACAGCCUAGAGGUCCUCUGGUGAGACAAUGAGAGGACUUUUUAGGACUAAAUGCAGGACAGAAAUGACCAGUGGCCAGCAUAUAACAGCCUAGAGGUCCUCUAGAACUGACAGUGAGAAGGACUUUGUAGGACUAGAAGCUGGAUAGAAAAUGACCAGUGGUCUUCAUAUAACAGCUUAGAGAUCCUCUAGAACAGACAGUGGGAAGGACCUAUGCCCAGGUGAACAGGCAAGACAUGUACAAAGGAUUGACCAGUGGUCAACUCAGAGGACCUUUAGGAUAGACAGUAAAAUAGUGACGUAAAUGAGAAGUAGAUGUAGGGAAUGGAGAGACGGCACGGCCUAGCGGUAGAGAGCUGGACUGCUAACCCGAGAGCCUCGAGUUUAAAUCUGGGUUCAAGUCAAUGGAACGUCCAUGAGUCCACCCAGAUCUGAUGGGUACCUAACUUACGUUAGGGUAACAAAAGCGGCUGGGAUAGUGCUGGCCACACUAUCCCUUCAUAUGUCAAGGUCAAUGAAUCAGUUGAACUCUACUUCAUCUGCCCCAUGUGUCUUGUGCACGAACGGGAUUAAGAAGAGAAGAAGAUGCAGGGAAUGGACCGAUAUGGGGAAAGUGAUCGUGUGUUAGCUUUGAUGUCCUCUAGCACCUUGAUCUGGUCAGUAGGUAUGACAUGAAAGAGGAAUUGACCUGUAGUCAUCAUGUACUAUUUUAAGACCUCCACAUUCAUUUGCUACAUGAACCUUCUCUAUGUAAGAGAAGGAUCUUCUAUAGUAAAAAGAUAACAUCUUCAUGAUAGUGAAAGAGGAUUCUCUGGUCUCGAGAGAGAGGUAUCUAGGAGUGAGGAGGAUGAAAAGUGUUGGAGGAAUCAACUCUAGAAGAGUUUGUUCCAGCUAGCGAGAGAACCAGGCAAACGAAAUUGUCUUUAAGCCUUAUGAGAUUCAAAACCACGGCACACUACAUUAUUCUUGUAUGAUCCAUAAAUACUAUUUGAUUUUAUAUACUGUUAAUGCUCUAAAAUUAUAAUACAUGACCAUAUAUCUGUAACUAAA